CUAUUAUCGAACAGAACCUGAUAUCGGACGGUUUGUUUUGGUUCUAUAUGCGCAUGCGCAAAAGUGCGCAUGACGUCACAUCCAUAAACAAAGGGUCAUUUAUGAAGUCCGUGACCUACUUGUCCACUAAGCUUGCAACAAAUGCGCCGAAAACAGUCUAAUCCUAAGAAGAUAAUUAAACACAGAGGUCUUUACUCACCAACAGCUCUUCACAAUGCAUACCUUAAAGUAAAAGACAGUGGCUUGCCAGUAAGAACUGUUGCAAAACAGUAUGGUGUUCCUCAUACUACACUAUGGGACCGUGUGAAAGGGGUUAUUGACCCUGAAUGCCUCAAACCCGGACCAGCUCCACUCUUCUCUCAGGAAGAAGAGGUCAAACUAGUUGACCAUGUCAAGACAAUGGCUGCCCUUGGGUAUGGUUAUACCAUCAGUGAAGUUGUAGCAAGUGCUACAAACUAUGCAGUGUUCCUUGGUAAAAGGCCAAAUGAUAAACCUUUGUCUGUGAAAUGGUUUAAGGGUUUCCAGCAGCGAUGGCCUGAGUUGCGAGUUGUUCGUCCGAGGGCACUGUCCAACUACAGAGCUGAAGCCACAUCAGAGGCCAAUGUUCAUGAAUAUUUCAACAAUUUGAUGAGCGUUGUUGAAAAACAUGACCUCCACAACAAACCUGAGUGUGUCUAUAACAUUGACGAAAAAGGUAUCCAAACAGAGCAUACCCCACCAUUCAUAAUAAGUGGCACAUUGAAGGCACCAGCAGUUACUUCGUCAAGGUCCUGCGUUACAACAAUAAUUGGAUUUGGAAACGCAUUAGGCACACAGCUUCCACCAUUCUUUGUUUUCAAAGGGAAACGCCUGAAUGCAGAUCUGUUACAAGGGUCUACACAAGGGUCAUCAGGGUGUAUGUCUGACAGUGGCUGGUCAAAUUCAGCUGUGUUUUUACACUACAUGGACACCCAUUUCCUCAGAUAUGUGCACAGAGUGGACAAGUCACAGCCUAUCCUUGUUCUGCUUGAUGGUCAUAAAAGCCACAUAAAUGUUCCAGUGCUGGAUUGGGCAAAGAAGAAUAACAUUAUUCUAUUCAUCUUACCGGCCCACACAAGCCAUGUCCUUCAACCCCUUGAUUUUUGCACAGCCACAAAUGUUGUUAGGAGAAAUGACCCGUUCUAUUGUCCUUGCCACAAUAUUGCAGAGGAAUAG